UUGAGGAAUUCGUCCCUGCGCCCGAGGGCGGGAAACUACAACUCCCGGCAUGCCCCGGGCGCCCCCGGCGCGCCCCCCUCCCGUCAGUUCCAUGCUGCUCCAUCCAGUUCAUUUAAAACAAAAGAGUUUGAGCGCUGGAAGGGGCUGGGCUCUAUUGGGGGCCACUGAGCGACGCUCCGGGAUUGGGGCUCGGUGCGGGAGCCUAAGGGGGCGUCUGCUCGGCGGAGGGUAGAGACUCAGGGUCCGAGGCAGAGGGGUGGGGGCUAGGGCCCGCAGCCCCCCACCCCACCCCGUCACCCCGGAGCGAGAGGAGAUCUGCUUUCUUGGUUUUGCUUCUUUUCCCCCACCCCCACCGGGGGCUGGGGCGAGGGGAGUCAGGUUACAGGGUGCUUGGGGAGGGGGGCUUAGGGGUGGGUCUAUCUUUCUAUCUCGCUUUCUUCCCCCCUCCCCAGCUCUUUGUUCCCCCUCCCCACACACCCCCUCCUCUCCACUCCCCUCCCCUCCUCUCCUCUCUUCUCCCUUCCACCACCUCUCUCUCUCUCCCUCUCUCUCUCCCCCAGCUUUUGUUUCGCCAUGCCUAGUCUAGUGGUAUCUGGAAUAAUGGAAAGAAAUGGGGGCUUUGGAGAACUAGGAUGUUUCGGGGGAAGCGCUAAGGACCGAGGGCUGCUGGAAGACGAGCGCGCCCUUCAGCUGGCUCUUGAUCAACUCUGCCUCCUGGGUUUGGGGGAGCCCCCCGCCCCCACGGCGGGCGAGGACGGGGGAGGUGGGGGGGGCGGCGCCCCCGCGCAGCCGGCCGCCCCCCCGCAGCCGGCCCCGCCGCCGCCGCCCGCAGCGGCCCCGGCCGCCCCGAGCGCGGCCCCCGCGGCGCAGACGCCCCAGCCCCCCACCGCCCCCAAAGGGGCGAACGACGCCAAGCUCUGCGCGCUCUACAAAGAGGCCGAGCUGCGCCUGAAGGGCAGCAGCAACACCACGGAGUGCGUUCCCGUGCCCACCUCCGAGCACGUGGCCGAGAUCGUGGGCAGGCAAGGCUGCAAGAUUAAGGCUCUGAGGGCCAAGACCAACACCUACAUCAAGACACCUGUGCGAGGUGAGGAGCCCGUGUUCAUGGUGACCGGGAGGCGAGAAGAUGUGGCCACAGCCCGGCGGGAAAUCAUCUCAGCAGCUGAGCACUUCUCCAUGAUAAGGGCCUCGCGCAACAAAUCUGGCGCCGCCUUUGGCGUGGCCCCUGCUCUGCCGGGCCAGGUGACCAUCCGUGUACGAGUGCCCUACCGCGUGGUGGGACUGGUGGUGGGUCCCAAGGGAGCGACCAUCAAACGCAUCCAGCAACAGACCAACACGUACAUCAUCACUCCCAGCCGGGACCGCGACCCGGUGUUCGAGAUCACCGGUGCCCCAGGCAACGUGGAACGUGCGCGGGAGGAGAUCGAGACGCACAUCGCGGUGCGCACGGGCAAGAUCCUCGAGUACAACAGCGACGGCGACUUCCUGGCUGGCAGCCCCGACGCUGCCCUGGACAGCCGCUACUCAGACGCCUGGCGGGUGCAUGCGCCUGGCUGCAAGCCGCUCUCCACUUUCCGGCAGAACAGCCUGGGCUGCAUCGGCGAGUGCGGCGUGGACUCGGCCUUCGAGGCCCCGCGCCUGGGCGAGCAGGGCGGGGACUUUGGCUACGGCGGGUAUCUGUUUCCGGGCUACGGCGUGGGCAAACAGGACGUGUACUACGGCGUGGCAGAGACGAGCCCCCCUCUGUGGGCGGGCCAGGAGAACGCCACGCCCACCUCGGUGCUCUUCUCCUCUGCCUCCUCCUCCUCCUCUUCAGCCAAGGCCCGCGCCGGCCCGCCUGGGGCGCACCGCUCUCCUGCCACUUCUGCCGGGCCAGAGCAGCUGGCCGGGCUUCCUCGGCGACCGCCCGGAGAGCCACUACAGGGCUUCUCUAAACUGGGGGCAGGCGGGCUGCGGAGCCCAGGCGGCGGGCGGGACUGCAUGGUGUGCUUUGAGAGCGAAGUGACAGCAGCCCUGGUGCCCUGUGGACACAACCUUUUCUGCAUGGAGUGUGCAGUACGCAUCUGCGAGAGGACGGACCCGGAGUGUCCUGUCUGCCACAUCACCGCCACGCAAGCCAUCCGAAUAUUUUCCUAAGCUCCCUGUCCCUGGUCUCCUGGGCCCGCUCCCCGCAGGGUGCCACCCUGGACCUUUUGGAAAAAUCAGUGACUGCAGGGCAAGGUGCUUGGAAAUAUUCGCUCCCUGGGGUG